AUGAGCAACUGCAAUGCAACUCCUACGCCAUUAGAAACUGGAGCAAAGUUGAAGAAGAAGAUAAAUGAUAAAUUGGCAAGUACGAUAUUCUACAAACAAAUCAUUGGAUCCUUGAUGUAUCUUUGCAAUACCAAGCCAAAGAUUUGUCAAAGUAUUAGAUUGUUGAGUAGAUUCAUGGAGAAACCCCAAGAAUGUCAUCUCACUACAGUUAAGAGGGUGUUGAGAUACAUAAAGGGUGCCCUUGAUCAUGGCGUGCUGAUGCCAAGGAAGAAGAAAUCCAACAUAGAUGCAGAAGUAUAUGGCUACAUUGAUUCAGACUUCAGUGGAGAUCACGACAAAAAUAAGAGUAUUGUAGGCUACAUAUUCAAGAUCAAAGGCGCUCCAAUCUCAUGGAGCUCUAGGAAGCAAAGCAUUGCGACUUUGUCAUCAUGUGAAGCUAAGUAUGUGGUUGCAUCAUAUGCAGCAUGUCAAGCAACAUGGAUAGAGAUGUUGCUCGAAGAGCUCAAGAUAACGGAACCUAGAAAAAUGAAGUUGUUUGUCGAUAAUAAGUUAGCUAUCGACAUGACGAAUCAUCUAGUAUAUCACGGUCGAAGUAAACACAUAUAA